AUGAUCAAUAUCUUAUUCUAAAUUUAAUAAUAGUUUGUCUCGUUUUACUUAACAACUAAAAAUUAAAGCAACUUAUUAACUAUAUAAGUAUAUUUAUUUUACAAAUUUAGAAUUUAGAAUAAUUCAAUUAACAAGGCGACAAAAGAUCCCAACUCCUAAUUUCAAUAUUAUAAAUAAAUCAUAAUUGCUUAAAAUGUUAAUCUCCCCACUCUAUACCCGAAUGUUUGUUAAGGAAGAUGUCUAACAUUAAAAAUAAAUAGUUAAUUAACAUUUUGGUAUAUUGUAAUUAUAUAUCUAAUAAUGCACCUCUUAAAGCACUUAUAAAAUUAAUUUUGUAAUAGGCAAAUGAUAUUUACUUUAAGCAAUCUUUUAAUAAUCUUUCUUAUUAUUUGUACUAAAGAGCAAAGUAAUAUUAAAAAGAAGCUAUUCAUAAAAAUACUAUUCGUAAUUCAAAUGAACAUUAAUCAUCUUUGAAUGUUUAAUCUGCAUUUAUGACUAGUCAUUCUUCAAAUAUAUUAUUUCCUCUAUUAAUUGAAACAAUUUAAAGUAAAAUUAGUUUUUGGAGCAAAUUAAUAAAUGGAUAUUAAGACAUAGAACAUUAUUUAGUUGAGACACUGAAAACAACUGAUAAAAUGUUAUAAUGUAAACAUGAAAUUGAGUAAAGAUUUGAUAUGUUUAAUAAUAAAUUAAAAUCUUAAUAAUAAUCAGAUAUAUUGACAUUAAGAAUAAUUUAAAUUUAUCAUUCAGGAAUAUAUUCAAAUGCAUUUUAGACAUAUUAAAUAGAGAAAUAAAUUGAGGAAUUAAUAAAAAAUGAAAGAUAUAAGUAAGAUGAAUCUUUAGAUAAUAUGCAAUUGAUAUAAAGUAUAAAUUAAUAAUUAAUUGUUAGAUAGAUUAAUAAUUCUUAAGUCUAGUCUAGUAAGAAGAAGAGGAGAACUUGCAAACCUAAAUGUUAGAUAAUUAGCUUUAUUUUUAAAUGAAAAUGAAGAUAGUGUAAAAGGUAUUAGACAUUGCAAUUAAUUGAUGCCUAGUUUUAUUUCAUCAAUUCAUGAAAAAUUGAUGGAUAAUUAUUUGUAAAGAGGUCAUUCUAAACUUAUGAUAAAUGGUGAAUCAUCUUUUUGUUAAAAUGUAUCAGGGUAUUUAGAAUUAUGUAGUUUAAAUUUAUUUAAUUUUUUUGAUGAUAAAGAUGAUUUUAUUUUAAAUAUGAUAAUUACUAAGUAAUAAUCAAAUAAUGAAAUCAUUUUAUUUGGUAUUGAUGGUAAAAUAUUAGGAUUUACUAAAUAUUUUUAUGAAGAAAUUUUACAGAAUACUGUAAAGAUGAAUUUAUCACAUUAAAAUGAUAAGGAUUAAAAUGAAAUCAAAAUUACAGUAAAAGAAUUCUUAAAUAAAAAUCCAUUAAUUUAAUUUUAUAUUCCUGGAAUAUUUAGUUAAGUUUAAGAAUUAAGAUAAUAAAUAGAAUCAUCUUCUAAUUAUUUGAUGAAUAAUUUAAAAUCUUUUUGGAUAUAUCCUAAUAAUCAUUUAGAAUGUUUAUAAAAUUCUUAAUUAAUAUUUUCUUAAUUCAAAAAGAGAAGUUAUGGAUCCUAAUAGAAUUUUAGAUCAUAUAAAUCUUAGACUUAUUCAAAGUAUUCUUAUAAUACAAUUAAUACAUAAUUUGAUCUUUAAUAUGAUAAUUCUGAUAUGUCAUCAGAAUUAAAAUCAAAUAUUUCAAUUAAUGGAAUUCCUAUAUUAUUAUUACAUCCUGAAGUUGAAUAGCAAAUAUAAAGAAUUAUUGAUUUAAGUGAAUCUUAGUCUAAAAUGCCUUAAACAGGACUUUUUUAUAGUCUUUAAUUUAAAACACUGAAUUUUAAGAGAGGAAAUUAUGGCUAUUUUAUGCUGACUAUCAAAGAUUUUAAAACUAUUGCAAAUUAUACAAUAAAUGGAUAACAAACAUCUAGAACUUAACCUACACUCUAUUAAUCAUUAAUUCCAUCAUAAGAAUUUUCUGCAAUUAAUAUAAAAAGCAAUUAAACUUUUUCUUAAGAGAUUAGAAGUGAUAAUCCUGAUUCUCAAGAUCCAGUUAUUUAAGAAAUAAGAUAAAUGAAUAACAAUCAAAAACUUAAUGAUAGUAGUGCAAUUGAUAAUAGUUUCAAAUUUUAAGUAAAACAAUCAGAUAGAUCUAAUCUAUUUGACUCUAGUAGAUAACCUUUAUUUGCUAGACCUAAAAUAUUUGAGAUUGAUAUAAAUGAAGAAGUAGAACGAAUUGAAUAAGAUAUGCAAGUAUAUAUUAUAAUUAUUCCAUUUAAGAUAAUUAAAGAGAUAAAACAAGAUUAAAUAGAUGAAGAUUAAGAGGAAGGUGAAAGAAAAGUUUAAUCAGUGAGUUAAAGUUAAAAGAAAAGUUCAAAUAUUUUGAUGAAGUUUCAAAAAAAAUAAAUUAAAAAUAAAGAAAAUGACUUUGCUUCUAAUCCCUCUAGAACAUCAACUAAUUCUACUUCAAAAGAAUCUUUACUCAUUGUAUAAUAGCUUUAUCAUAACACAUAACUUAUCACUCCUUUGAAAAUUAUCUCAAUUUUACUUUUUACCAUAUGUUCAGGUAUUUUUAUUUGUAAUUUAAUCAAUGUCUAAUUUAUCUCUGAAAACUUAAUUUCUUAAACAAAUUAACUUGCUACACUAAGGUAACCCUAAAACAUCAAUUUUUUCUAUACAUCUGAAAUUUUAUAGGAAUGGUAUUUAAUAUUAAUAAAAAAUAAACUUGUAAAUGUUAGUCCUUUUAUGUAUUAAAGAAAUUUGGAAACAUUACAAGGAAUGUAUGACUAUGCUAGAACGACACUAGUAGAUUUAGCAAUAGUUGUACCUAAGUUAUCGUCCUAAUAAAAUUUAGAUGAUUCUAUUCAAACUAAGUUUUUUUAAGAAAAAUAAAUAGUAACUAUAGAUUAUCCUUUAGAGGAAUUUUAUACUGUAUUGUAUUAAAAAACAGAAACAUCCUAUAGGUAAUUUAUUAGCGAUGGAAUCUUAGAAUUUUCAUAAAUAAUGCCUUUAGGUGUUGUUAGAUUAAAUCUAUUAGAUAUGUUAGAUUUUCAUAAUCGAUUAAUUUAAGCUAUAAUUAAAAACACUAUUGAUUAAUAAUCUUAAGUUAAAUCUUAUUUUUUAUAAGUUAUGUUUUUCGAAAUGUUUAGUAUCUUUUUAAUAAUUGGAAUAUAAUUAAGAUAUUGGCUUUUUAUUGAUCAUAUAAUAAAGUCAAUAUUAUUUCUGGUUUCCAGAUUAAAUGAAAAUCAGGCAUUAGAUUAAAUUAAUAGAUUAUCAUUAAUUAAAGAUUAAUUAGAUAAUCAAAUAAAUGGAAAUUGGAAGUUAUUUAAUUUUGGUGAUGUUAUGUAUGGAUUUUCUGAGAGAAAGGCGAAAAAGGCAAUUUUAAAAACAAAUUUGGAAUUAAGUUAAAAUAAUAUUAAGGCUACUAGUGCUUUAUAUUCUAGAAUAUAGAGAACAUAUUAUUUGAAUAGAAAAAAUGCUUUUAUUACAUUUUUUAUAACUGCACUUUUAACAAUAUAUUUUAUGACNACUAAUUCUACUUCAAAAGAAUCUUUACUCAUUGUAGCUUUAUCAUAACACAUAACUUAUCACUCCUUUGAAAAUUAUCUCAAUUUUACUUUUUACCAUAUGUUCAGGUAUUUUUAUUUGUAAUUUAAUCAAUGUCUAAUUUAUCUCUGAAAACUUAAUUUCUUAAACAAAUUAACUUGCUACACUAAGGUAACCCUAAAACAUCAAUUUUUUCUAUACAUCUGAAAUUUUAUAGGAAUGGUAUUUAAUAUUAAUAAAAAAUAAACUUGUAAAUGUUAGUCCUUUUAUGUAUUAAAGAAAUUUGGAAACAUUACAAGGAAUGUAUGACUAUGCUAGAACGACACUAGUAGAUUUAGCAAUAGUUGUACCUAAGUUAUCGUCCUAAUAAAAUUUAGAUGAUUCUAUUCAAACUAAGUUUUUUUAAGAAAAAUAAAUAGUAACUAUAGAUUAUCCUUUAGAGGAAUUUUAUACUGUAUUGUAUUAAAAAACAGAAACAUCCUAUAGGUAAUUUAUUAGCGAUGGAAUCUUAGAAUUUUCAUAAAUAAUGCCUUUAGGUGUUGUUAGAUUAAAUCUAUUAGAUAUGUUAGAUUUUCAUAAUCGAUUAAUUUAAGCUAUAAUUAAAAACACUAUUGAUUAAUAAUCUUAAGUUAAAUCUUAUUUUUUAUAAGUUAUGUUUUUCGAAAUGUUUAGUAUCUUUUUAAUAAUUGGAAUAUAAUUAAGAUAUUGGCUUUUUAUUGAUCAUAUAAUAAAGUCAAUAUUAUUUCUGGUUUCCAGAUUAAAUGAAAAUCAGGCAUUAGAUUAAAUUAAUAGAUUAUCAUUAAUUAAAGAUUAAUUAGAUAAUCAAAUAAAUGGAAAUUGGAAGUUAUUUAAUUUUGGUGAUGUUAUGUAUGGAUUUUCUGAGAGAAAGGCGAAAAAGGCAAUUUUAAAAACAAAUUUGGAAUUAAGUUAAAAUAAUAUUAAGGCUACUAGUGCUUUAUAUUCUAGAAUAUAGAGAACAUAUUAUUUGAAUAGAAAAAAUGCUUUUAUUACAUUUUUUAUAACUGCACUUUUAACAAUAUAUUUUAUGACGGGAUUCUUAUUACAUAUGUUAAAGAAUGAUAACUUUUAACCAUCUCUUACAGUUACUUUGAAAUUUGUUCAAUUCAGACAUAAUAUGGAUUCUUUAACUCUAUUGGCUGGUUUAAUAAAAACAGAACCAAUAGUACCAAAUUUGAAUCUUGAAUAUUUAAAUUAAACUUGGGCUUGUGAAUAAUUAAUUUAGUAUAAAGAUAAUUUGUCACCUUUAAUUAAUGAAGUUGCUCAAGUAAUUUUAGAGAAUGCAAAUGCUAAAAAUGAAAAAAGUAGAUUUGAUACUAUACUUAAUUUUGAUUUAUGUCUUUCAUCUAAUUCAGAUUCUAUGCCUAUUUGUGAUUUAUCAACAAUAAAAUAGUAAUAUGAUUAGUAAGUAUAUUAAUCCUAUUUUUAGAAAAGAUAUAUAUAAUAAUAUAAUCAGUAAUGGGGCAUUGGGAUACACAGCAGCACUAAUUAAAUUUAUAAAUUAAGAAUUUGAUUAUGAAAUUUAAAAUCUAAAAUACAAUUCUAGUGAGUUAAAUAAAUUUAUAAUACAAUAAUAGAGCUUUUAAAAUUUUAUUUUGCAAUACUUUACAGACAUUUAGACUGUAAUGAGAUAAUUUCUAGUAUUAUUUUAAUAAGAUAAUCUUGCAAUUGCAGAGGAUAUAAUAAGUGUAGUUCAAAUCUAUUAUUUAGGUGUAGGAAUAUGGUAUUUAAAUGUAUAAAUUAGUUUAUUUUUAUCUUAUAUAUUGUUGA